AUGGCGACUUGCAAUUGGGAUCAGCAGGUCUACUCCCCCAUGUCUGUUCAGCUGGAAGAUGAUGAAGAGAAGGAGGACGUGAACUCUGCCAAAAAGGAGGACCCGGACCUCGUCGAGGGGCAGCAGAUCAAAGAUGCCGACCGGAACUCCAAGAGCCCGGAGAAAGAGAAAGAGGAGGAUGCUGCCAGCCAAAAGUCAGGAAAGAGCCAGGACCGGAAAGAUCGGGACCGAAGUCGUAGCCGCGGCAAGGACCGAAGAGAUCGGGACCGAAGCCGCAGCCGCGGCAAGGACAGAAGUCGUAGCCGCGGCAAAGACAGAGAGAGAAGGCGGGAAGAUCGAAAGACCCUGGCCAUCUCCAACCUCAGUCGAAAUGUGAAUGAAGACCAUCUCAAAGAGAUCUUCGGAAACUAUGGCAAGGUCAAGGAGGCAACCUUAGCCAUCGACAAGGCAGCCGGUCUUCCCAAGGGCUAUGCCUAUGUCGAGUUCUACGAGGAAAGAGAUGCUGAUCGGGCCAUUUCCCACAUGAACAGCGGGCAGAUCGAUGGGAAUGUCAUAAGAGUCGAGCACCAGGCUGACCGAAAGCGAAGGCUGGAGCAUGCACCAGCCAUUCCGAUGCGGCCGCGAGUGCCGCGAACGGCUCCUGUGGCGCAAGUCCGUCAGGAACGAGAGCCACGCGUCGAGAAGCGCGAGCAGCAUGAGCGUGAACGAGACCGCGAUCGGGACCGAGAUCGUGACCGUGAGCGCCGAGCUGAGGCAACCAAGAGGGAGGAUCGCAGCGGCCGAGACCGGGAUCGGGAUCGAGAUCGUGACCGUAAUCGGGAUCGGGACCGAGAUCGAGAGAAAGAAAAGGAGCGUGCCAAGGAGAAGGAGCGUGAGAAAGAAAAAGAGAAGGAAAAGGAGAGAGAACGAGAAAGGGCCAAGGCUCGCAGAAAGGCCGACGAGUCUGACUCCGAGGACUCCGAGGAGGACUCGAUCCCCAAGGCGAAAGCCAAGAAGCCGGCCCCGAAAAAGGAAGACAAGGAAGACAAAAAAGAUGAGAAGAAGGAAGAGAAGAAGGAGACCAAAGCGCCGGCAAAGACCAAAGCGAAGGACACGGAAGAUAAGAAAAAGCCCGCGGUGAAAAAGAAGAAGGAGGCAGAUGCCGAAGAGAAGCCGAAGGUGAAGUCGAAGACCGCGGAAAAGCCAAAGACGAAAGAUAAAGACGAAAAAGCCAAGGCCAAGCCAAAGGCCAAAGAAAAGGAAGAAAAAGCUAAGGUGACAGAGAAGCCCAAAGCCACCAAAACGAAGGCCAAGGAGCCGGAGAAAUCCGAGAAGGCCGAGAAGGCUGAGAAGGUGAAGAAGACAGACAAGGCCAAGGCUCAGGCCGGCGAGGCGGCCAAGAAGGCCGUGAAGGCCACCAUCUCAAAGGAGAAGAAGCCUGCCACGAAGGAUGCAAAGGACCCGAAGGCGAAGGCCAAAGGCACGCCGGGAGUGCUGUGA